AUGGGAUCUGUCGAAGUCGUAUCGAGCCGACUAGAGUCGUUGCCCCCUCGCCCACCAACACCACCCCGCGAGACAAGCCAGGCUGUCGAUGCCACGACCGUCCCGAAUCACCGCCUCGUUCUCCCUCCCUCCUCCGACCCUCGUUCUAGUCUCCACACACCACCGAGUGUCUAUUCGCCAAACUCUGGAGCCGAUUCCAAGAAUCCGAGUGGGCGCAGACCAAGGAAACGUGUGGGCUUCUCUGCAAAAGCCCAGUAUAACGAAGCACCCGAUUAUCCAGGCGUCAACGUUUCCGGCAAGCGAUCGCCUCUCUCGGCGCCAUCGUUGACACAGUCCAGACCUGUAAAGGGCAUACUCAAGCAGACCUCAUCGCCGAGCCCACUUAGCACAAGUGCCAAUGUCGAUGCCCUGACGACCUCGGCGAACAUCUCCGAAAUGUUGGAAUCUACGGUGAAGCAGCUCGCCGGAGCUGACAGGGACUCGAAGCGAGAUGCCUACACAACCUUGGUCAUGGCGCUGAAGACGUCCAACAACCUCCCCGACCGAAUCGCCCUACAGGCAAAGAUGGGGCUGUUUGUCCAGUUCAUCCAGCGAGACAUGACCUCCAAGAACCCCGCCACGGGCGGACCAGACGCACCGCUCGUCAACAAUGCUCUCUCCCUCCUCGCUACCUUUCUGUAUUUCCAUGCCAUUGCCUCGACGAUACCCAGCGAUUUCGGCGUUUUCUUCAUCGACCACUGCAUCCGAUCCUUCGAGGACUCGACCACACCGAAAGAUGUUGUCCGACACCUGAUGCACGCUGUCGCUACCCAGGACUUUUCUCCCAAAGUUAUGACUUCUGAUCGCGUUAAACGUCUAGUGGUGGCUCUACGCAACAUCGAAGACAACUUCAAGGGAAAGAGCAUAGUAAUGUCUCGAAUCCUCAUCUACAAGCGUCUGGUUCAGCAGUCGAGGCAGCUGAUGGUUCUUCACUCGGAUUGGCUGAAUGACCUCUUCACGGACAUGUUGAGCAGGGUCAAAGAGCUGCGAUCAGCUGCGAUAUCUCUUGGUUUCGAAGCCGCCUACACGUUCGGAAAGGAGAAGUCGCUUUCACGGAAGGUGAUGGAACUCUUCGAUACAUCCAUUGAAGAGAUGAAGUUCGCGGAGUACUACCACCAGCAACUCCGUUCCAUGGCUAAGGACAAGGAUAAUAGGCAGUUGACCGCUGCUGUUCCAAAGAUCUGGAGUGUCAUAAUUCUUUUCCUGCGCUGCCCGCUCGACCGGUGGCAGUUUUUCAACCAAUGGCUUCAACUGAUCCAGAUGGGCUUCAACAACAACGACCAUCCCCAGACAAAGCAAGAGGCAAACUUCGCCUGGAACCGUUUCGUUUGGUCCAUGCAUACCGAAGGCCAGUCAUUUGUUAAGCUGCUCCCGACGCUGUACCAGCCGUUAGGCAGCCAACUCAAGUCGAAAUACACCAGCAAGCAUAUCCGAGAAGUCGUUUUCGGAAGUGUCUGCAACCUCCUUUACUACACCUUCAAGCCUGGCACGAGUACGACCCUUCUCGACGGCCACUGGGAUGCCUGUGUCAAACCCAUUACAGAACCUCCUAGAGCCCAAUCAAGGAAUCCCGAUGCCGUCGACGAGCACAUGCGGCAGGCCACCUUGAUUCUGACCGGCCUCUUCGACUCAGCCACGCCGCGGAUAUGGAGAGAAGAGCGCAUUAGAGAGACGCCUCUCGCCCGACCGCAUGAGUUGCCCGCUAUUGACCCAAAGUGGCUUCGGCGCAACUCUCCACGCGUUUUCCAGGUCAUUGAGCCCAUCAUGGACAGACACUUCCUCGAGAUUUCAGACAAGAAUAGCCAAGUCCAUCGCUUGUGGCAGACAUUGGUCGGGGCUAUGGUUGCGGCAGCAUCAAAAGAAAUCAAGGUUUCUGUAGACACGACCGCCUUCAUCUCACAGAUGUGUGGACUUUUGCUAAAGCAUUGGGAGACUGGCCUGGGCGAGAUAGAAGACCCGAGUCCUGAGACCGUGACUCGAUUCUUGGCCAGUGCUCGGGAGCUUAUAACUGUUACCGUGGAAGCCCUUGGUCUUCUGCCUUUCACCGGGAAGAUGAUCUCACUCGGACGGCUUCACACAUUUACGCCUGUCUCGACUCCUUCUCACAAGCCCGUAAAGAAUGCUGGCGAUGCCCGGACACCGUUCCAACACCUUGCUGGCCUGGUGUCGAGGCUGCCUCCAGGCAUUCCUGACAACGAAGAAUUUGUCGACUUCUUUCGGUCGACUUUUGUGCCCUUCUUUGCGCCAAAGUCAGCACAAUCCCGUUUCGAGUUGGCACAGGAGAUGCUAUCGGUAAUGCCCAUUUGGUCAUCUCCUGUUGCCCAUUCUCCCUACGCACCAUGGGUCAUCGCAGCAGAAUGUCUGGCUAGUACCUUCCGUCCGUCCCAGAACAGUGCACAAACUACUAGCUCCACCAGUGAGCCUUCUCUUGGCCACGAGUAUCGUACGGUUGUCCGACUUCUGGAGCGAGGGUGGAAGGAGGCACCGAACCUCCCUUGGCAUUACUGGCACUCACUUUUCUCAGUCCUCUCCAACCGCGCCUGCGAAGAGACUGGGGAAGCUGGUCGAGCCCUUGGAGUCAUCGAACCGCUUGCAAAAGUUAUCCGAGAGUCGCUUCCUGCCGAUCGUGCCUCGCCGAUAUUCGCAAACACUGUUUUGGUUGCAGCAGAACUGCUAUCUGUUGCCAAUCAUCCGUUGGAUAGACAGGCUGUGGAAGCGGCUCGACGCCGGCUCUGGGGCACUGCGGUGACGGGGCCCCGAUCGUCAUCGUACGAUCCGUUUGAUAACCUGUACAAACUGACCAACGAACUCCUGGAACGCUUCUACGAGGCCGGUGAGCGUGGCGGCCUCAACGAGUCGGCCACUCCCUUACUGAAUGAAUGCAGUGGGUUUCUGUCUCGCUGUAACCCCGAGCUCGCCCCCAAAACAGUGACAAACUUGGAGAGUGGCCUUGCCAUAUGGAUCAGGGAUUCGCAGGGCAUUCUGAAAGCCCGCCAGAGCCCUGCAGCGUCUGAAGCGGUAUGUUUCUCAGCCAAGGUCAUGAGGCCGAAUGUUAAUUUUGAACAGGUCAAGCUCCUCUGGGACGUUGUAGGUGGAAUUGUUCUGCCCGCCAUUACGCCAGGAGAAAUUCAACUCGAGGCUUUUGAGGAACUCCUAUGUGCCGCCUUCGAAAGCAAGCACAGACACAUUGUCAACUCCAUCGCCGAGGCAUGGAACCGUGUUUACGAAAACGCGGAGGGCGUCCAUUACCCUGAACAUCUUAAGAACGUUUUGCUUGCGAUUCAACCCGUCGUCGAGGUUGUUCUGCCAGGCCUGGAACGUACCCCUCUGGCAUCUACAGAACAGAAUCGCUCUUUCGUUGAGUCCCAGGAUGAUAUAGAGAUGCUCACUGUAUCUUCGACACGAUCAUCCCGCAGCAGACCUCAACUGCCUGGUCCGCUCAACCACUCGUCCCCCCUCAGCUCAGUCAAGUCGUCGAGGUCUGCGAGAGCGAAGCCGAACAGCACUCCCAAGAAAACUCGUAGCAGAGGCCGAAGAAGUACUAACAUUGCUCGAUUGAGACAUGAAGAUUCGCAGAUACAAUUUGCCCCCAUUGAAAAGUCGCCCCUGAACCCUGCAGUCAAUCCUGAGUCUCAAGUGCUCACUGAACGUCAGAAGGAAAUUAGGGAGAGGCAAAAAGACACUGCAGCGCUGUAUCCGAACUUGCGCUCUAGCCCCCAGGUGCCGUCACAAGAGAAUGCGACUGUUGAGCCCAAAUCUGCGGUUCCCGAGAAUGGUCCCGAGACGCCAAAGGACAUCACACCAAAGCAUAGCGCAAGGUACGAGGACUUUGUCAGCUCGACCCCGACACCUCGACGAGGCCAAUCGUUGGCCAUGGCAGAAAACGACCAGGACAUGACGGAUCCGCCCUCUUCGCCGCCCGAGCCUCGGCCGUUUCCCUUGCUGCCUCAAAUCAAAUCCCGAACUAGCAGCCGGAGUGAGCUAGACGGCUGGCAAUUCAGCUCAUCGCCUGUUUCUGGCUCGCCGUCUCCAGAGGUGGCAGUGGUUACUGAUGAGCCUGCCGAGCUCCACCUUACGAAUGUCGAUUCCUCACAGCGUCAAUCCGGAGACGCCAGCCCCGAUCUCUCGGCAGUGAACGACUCAUUUCAAGUGGUGCCCUCAAGCGCCGUGGAGGAGCCGGAACUGCCCCCGCCAGCUUUCGAAACCAAGGAGAUACCGCAACCCCCGCAAUCUUCGCCGUUUGAACAGGCGACAGCCAAGUCUGUCCCAGAAUCUCAACAUGGAAACAGCCCCUCAACUCCAAAGAACGCUCGGGUUAUCAACUUGGAGGUGUUGAGGUCCGGCAACGAGGUUUUCGUUGACGCACCUUCCAGCCCCCAGCCCACGGUUCUCACCAGGUCCGCGACUCGUGCCACGGCUACCAAAGACCGUUCUUUCGAAAUGAGCGACGGAGACGAAAACAGCAUGCUAAGGCUUGUCGUUGAGCUAGACCGUAGACGUUGCCAACUCCCGAUCAGCGACUAUCCUGCGAUUUCGCCUCCCAAACCUUCCCAGACCCCCCGAAGUGGUCAAAAGCAGGAGAAGCCUGCUGUGCUUGAUUGUAUCACGGUUCGUGGCGAGGACGACGACGAAGAGAUAUAUGAGGACGAGCCAGCGGAGCUCGCUCUGUCUCAGCCCAAUGCGCGAUCGCACAAGAGCAAAUCCCGCUCACCCGGGAGACCUUCGACUCCCGUAACCAGGUCGACCGCAUCUUCUCCAGACAAAUCCGCCAAGAAGCGGAAGAGAGGCGGAGCGUCCAAGUAUGACACCCGCCGCAAGAAGAGAAAGUCGACCGAUGAGACCGACAUCGAUGCCAACAUGGAGGCCAACAACGGGGCCGACGAGAUGGGGCUUUCCCAACUUACCGUAUCCCCCCUGCUUGGUGAAGGGACAUUUCGCAGGAGCCAGCGCAUUUCCAAUAACACUAGCCCGUCGAAAUACUCCAUCGUUUCGGCGAGCGAAGACUUGGACGCCGAAGUCCACUCACAGCUGGUUAAUGAGCAGCAAGAGGCACAGCACCGCGAGAGUCAGUCCUUUGAGGAGCUGGAGGCGGAAGCUUCGUCGACCAAGACAAAUCUUGCGAUGGAAGAAUCCAUGGAUGUUGACAUCGCCGAGAUUACUGAUGCCACCGGGCGGUCCGAGCCCCACGUCCCCAUCGCAGACUCUGCCAAGGAUGUUGACAUGGUCGACUCGUUGAGCGGCGUCCUCGCCAGCCUUCGCUCCGCGGCUUUAUCGCGAGAGGAGGUGUACAAGAUGGAGGACAUUCUUAUGGACAUCAAGAGGGAGCUCUUCGCGGCCGAGGCGCGUGGACGUGUCUGA